AUGGCGCCGUGGACGAUGCCGAGCGUCAAGGGUGGGAAGAAGAUGUCCGUUCGCGAUGCCGUGGAUGCGUACGAAAAAGAGCUCACGAAGGUUGCGACAUUGCUCCCGCGAGCGGCGCCGGGCGGACCGCGUCUUCGCGCGCCGUACACCGUGUCCGAGGCGGCGAGCUUAGAUGAGAUCGAGAAGAGACGAGCGGCGAAGGCAUCAAGUAAAAAACGAGGACUCGGGGUGGCUCCAGAGGAAGGAAAAGAGGUAAAGAAGACAUCACCUUGGUGGAGAUACGCAGAAGAGUUCUUUAGACAUGUUCACGCGACGGAUAUCGCUCGAAUUGCGCCGGGAACGCCUUGGAUUUUCGACAGCGCGCUUCGAACAACGUGCGUGGGUCCGAGAUACGAGGUCGGAGAGGACAAGAUUGGGAUCCCGAUUCCGGGUCUGAAUUACGCAAGGAGAGGCGAAAAUGCGUCAACAUCAGCGCCAAGUCCCACAUCAAAGGACGAGAAGAAAGCGUUGAUCGGCACGAUCCCGGCGGUGCCGUCUGAACCUUUCGUGAUGCCCAAGUUGAAGGAGCAUGAGGAGGGAAUCGAGCUUGUGCAGAAUCUCACAGCGCACGAGGUGGCGAUGCUAGUUAGAACUUUUCUGAGUCUUGGAGGUGAUAUCACGCAAGAUAUAGCCAAAUUCGUGGGCGUCUCCAUGACGGAAUUGAACGGGUGGAUCUCAAAACAUGAAAAUGGACUGGAGCCCGAGGAGACUGUGAGAGCGUCAUCGGACAAAGAAACAACAUCAGACGAGGUGCACGAGAUGUUAAAGGUUUGGCUUCGUCAUGAGAGCGCGUCCCGCAUUAAUGCAUACCUAGAUGCUCGCCGUGAGGCUGCGGCGAAGGCAACGAAGAAGUUGGAUCGUGACCUAAUUUUUAAGGACAACGAACCUGACAUGGCGGCGUCUUACGGCCUUGUGAACGUUCCGUCAAAUCUCACGUCAUGUAGCGAACAAGGCGUAGACGGGUUGCCUUCGAGCGCGGGGACGACGACGAUUGCAGGUGAUGAACGAACUCGUGAGGACAUGGAUAUCGAUGAGUUAGUAGACGACGACGAGGGCUUGGACAUCGAAGAGAAAACCAUGAAAGAGUGUGCAAAGGCUUUUGGGUUUGAUGGAGAUCUCCGUCAUUUUGAGCAAGGAUGGACGGACGAGAUGAUUCCGGCACACACAGAAAUCCUGUUGAGCCGGUAUUUCAAACUCGAGACAGCGGAACAUGGCACCCCCAGUCUUCACGACGAAUCUUCUCAUCCUUGUUCAGUGUGUGCGAAGCUCAAAACGCUGUCCAAGAAGUGCGGAAAGAGCGAUGGGAGUAUCAAUUGUGUGAAGAAAAGUGCCCGAUCGAGCGAGGAGAUUCAACUCCCGUCGUCGGUAAAACGGGUGAAGAAGAACGCGCCCGCGGACGUUGAGCUCUGUCGAAUCGAGAAAGCUUUGCGCGAAGAUCCACGCUUGGCGUCGUGUGCUCCGUGUGAUGAAGUCGAGGGUGAGAUAUUGAGUCUUCAGUACGAGCUUCUCUGGCGCAUUCAGGCGAAUAGACACAUAUUGUUGCAAGCCCAGGGUAACAUAGGGAACGAAUUGGACGCAGACAAUGAAAAUCACGCGAAGCGUAAGAAUAUACUGGACGAAGCUGGUGUGUAUAUGGCCGGUAUCAGAGAGAUAAAGCGUCAGCAGAAGAAGGAAAAGCGUGAAGCCGAUCAACUCGCGGCGCUUGAGCGUGCAAAGGCAGCGGUCGGUGAUGGUAGACGUGAGCACAAACCGAAGAGAGAGUUAGGUUCGGCUGCAGCGGUGAUUCAGAUUCCGAAGACCGAGAUUCCUGUGUACAGACCGCCAAGUGCGCAGGCCGUAAUGAAGGCGAUUGAAGCUGCCCCGACUCGGGUCAAGAAGAUGUUUGGCCUUGGAAAGUUUGCGACUGAAUCCACCGCGAGUCACUUGAAAUCGUUCAUGUCUGGAGUAGUCACACCGAGGAGUGGCUCACCGAUUAUCGGAGGGUCACCCAUUCGUUCGCCAAUGUCUCAAGUACUCUUGGAUCCGUUCCAUGCGGUCUCCGACAACACUGCGUGCUGCGUGUGCGCUGGGACGACAGAAGCCGCAAAGAUGAAUGAAACGAUACAGUGCGCGCAGUGUGAGCUCAUCGUACACCCAGGUUGCUAUGGAGUUGGGCAAAAGACCGACUUAGAGUGGCUGUGCUGCGUGUGCACCGAAGUCACAAAAGCUGGCGGCGGCAUCCCGAAGACAGAGAGGAAAGCGAGUGUCGCUGUUCAGGGCAAGUUGGCUCUCUAUCGAGGGGUGUCGUGUGUACUUUGCCCGGUGAAAAUUGGUGCAUUCAAGAGGACGACGGAUGGAAAAGACUGGUGUCACGUCGUCUGCGCGAAGUGGGUCCCCGAAGCUUCGAUACGCGAGGACAGAGUAGUGAACGCCAUUGAACGGGUUCCUCCCGAGAGCAUUCCUCGAGAGCGGCGAAACGCCUCGUGCAGUUAUUGUACUCGCUCGGAAGGAAUACUCAUGCGUUGCCGCUCUGGAUACUGCCACAACGUGUUUCAUCCGCUGUGCUGCAGACGCGCCGCGUGCCACAUGAGAGUCAUCGACUGUGAGGGACGCCAGUACACCGCGUUUUGUGAGAAGCACACUGGAGCCGAGCGAGUGAAGGAUAUCGACGCAAAUCUCAUCGGAGAUCCCGUCCCCGCGCUCGUCGAGAUGUACAAUCAGUCGCCGAAACUCGAGAGACAGCUCUCUGGGGAGCUCAUUCGUCAGCUGUCGGGCGGAAACCUCGGGCCGUCCAAAGGUAACGGAUCCCUCUCCCGAAUGGGCAAGUCGAACUCGACGCCAACAAAGACGGCCAAACCUGAGCUCCCUUCGAGCAUUGCGAAAAACAAGGCAAAGACCCGUAGCAACCUUCGCAAGUCUGUGGGCCUUCCCGGGAUCGUCGCUGCCUCCGACGUCGCCAAUUUUGACGACGAGGAAAACUUCUGA